AUGUCCAUGGCGGGCUAUGUAUGGGCAGCCCCAUUGAAGCGGCAGAUGCUGGUACAACCAGCCGGCGCCCCAACCUAUGCUUGGGGAUGGCAGCCAGCGCCUGUCGUAGUGACUCGCCGCACGAUUCGUGUGGUGGCAAGGCCAGUGCAAGCACCUGGCUUGGUGACUCGGCGCAUCAUUCGUGUGGUAGUGAAGCCUGCCAGUGUGGUGGUGAAGGCAGCUGCGCCGAUGCAGCUGCCUCACCUUCUCGGGCCGCCGAGGGCACCGGCUGUGGCGCACCCCAAGAAGGGGUUGCUUCAAGCUGGAGCAGGCGAGCCUGCCCCGGUCGACCGGACUGAGGAGGCUCCAGUCGACCUUGAGGCAUGUGAGACAAUGGAAGCAACGAACGCGGUUGCUGAAGCCUUUGCCCCGGCUCCCGAGCUGGUCUACCCGAAGGGUAGGCCUGUCUCGUAUGGCCCGGGGAGGCCUUUCAUGGAACUUCAAGACCCAACAGCUUGCCAAGAAGACGCCGACGUUCCCGAGACUGCUCCGAAGCCGGCUUCGGAGCCGGCUCCAGAGCCCGCAGAAGACGCUAGCCCACCUCCGGAACCUCGGCAGGAACUACCGGGCCAGGCUGAGGCCUUGGAAGCGCUUAAGGCGCUGAUGGCGGAGCUCGGCGGAAUGGGCUUCAAGGUCCCCAAGAAGCCGACGGGCGAGCCAGAGGCGGGGAGGGCGCAAGGUAAGCUGAUCAUGACUGCCUUUGAGGUCCUUGAUGCACAGCGCUUCCUCAGAUAA